GACCACGUGGUGCUGUAUAGUACCAAUCUGAAGUUUGACGGAAGAUUAGAGGGGAACAACAUCAUCAACGUCGUCGGAUAGAAUCUACAGGUCUUCCCUUGAGGAUUAAAGUGAUUUGUAGCUGCCCGCACUCCCAUAUUUUUGUGAAUCACACUCGUCUAAAAUGCGUCAUAUUGCUGCUUAUCUUCUCCUCCAAAUCGGUGGCAAUGCCUCUCCCUCGGCUGGCGACGUCCAAAAGGUGUUGAGUGCUGUCGGGAUAGAGGCCGAUGAUGACAGGCUCGAAAAACUUAUCUCCGAGCUGGAGGAUAAGGACAUCAAUGCUUUGAUUGCUGAGGGUUCUGCUAAGCUGUCGUCCGUUCCUUCUGGUGGCGCCGUUGCCGCUGCUGCUCCGUCAGCCGGUGGUGCAGCACCUGCUGCUGCCGUCGAGGAGGAGAAGAAGGAAGAAAAGAAGGAGGAGAAGGAGGAAUCGGACGACGAUAUGGGCUUCGGUCUUUUCGACUAAGUACGUUACGAAAUGUUGUUCCUGUACGAAAACACGAGCAGAUGCACCGUAAUAAGCAAUUCUCUUGGAACGUUCGAAUCAGAAUAUAUUGCACAAUAAUAGGUUGUCCCGAACAGCCAAUGGCCGCCGGAAUUGUGGUCGGAAUUUUUACCAGAAAAUAUUGAAAUUCUGUUUUUAAGUAA